UGCUGCCCGUCCGGAUACCAGCACAACGGGGUGGACUGCGUGACCUGCGUGCCGCCGGACCUCUACUACAACCCGCGCACCCAGAAGUGCGAGAAGCCCUCGUGCCCAGACGGGCAGGUGUUCUUCUGGUCGCUGAACGGCUGCGACCACACCGACCGCUGCCGGCCGUGGGGCUACUACAACGGGCGCGACUGUGCGCCCAACCCGUACUGCCCGGAGGACCUGUACUGGAAUCCGUUUGAGCUGAAGUGCUCCCCAACCCCGUGCCAGCACGGCCAGGUGUACAUGGUGGAGCGCGACAAGUGCGAGGAGAAGGCUUUCUGCGACCCGGACGAGAACCAGGUCUACCUGCCCUUCGAGAACCGCUGCGAGCAAUGUCGCCCGGACGAGUACCCAAGCCCGACGGGCUGUCGGCUGCGGCCCGGCUGCGUGAACCCGGAGUACUACUACCAGGGCCCCGAGAAAGGCUGCGCCCCCUGCGCCGAGCCCAACACCUUCUGGAACGGCAAGGAGUGCGAGAAGAUGCCCGACUGUCCGCCGGGCGAGCACCGCGUCGGCCGCGUCUGUGUGCCCAACAACUGCGACAUCGGCUGGUACUGGGAUAAAAAAAAGACCGCCUGCCAGCCCGUCAAGCCCUGUGAGCUCGGGUGGAUUUUUGACGGCGUCGAGGACUGCAUGCCCAUCAAGUACCCCCCCGAGGGUGGCCCCAUCUGCUACGUCAAGUGUGAUCGC